UCGCGCCGCCGCCGCGUCGGUUGGGGCUCGCGCUGCCGGUUGGGCCCCGGCUGCCGCGCGGCGCCGCCGCCGGGGCCGGCGCGGAGGAUGCGGCGGCUCGCGCGGGUGGCGCUGCUGUGCCUGGGCUGCGGCCUCUGCUCGCUGCUCUACGGCGUCAGCCAGCUGGCCCCCUCCCUGGAGCCGGAGCCCGGCGGCGGCCGCCAGCGCCAGGCCCCGGACCCCGCCGCUCCUGGCGCCCGGGCCGCGGCGGGGAGCGUGGGCCGAGGAGAGGCGGGGGCCGGCAGGUGUAAGAAUUUGUCUGUAUCUUUCUGGAAUUCCUAUUGGAUGCUGCCCUCUGAUGUUUGUGGAAUGAACUGCUUUUGGGAAGCUGCUUUUAGAUACAAUUACAUGAAAACACAUCCUUCUGAGAAAAUGCAUCUAGCAGUCGUUGCCUGCGGUGAAAGACUGGAAGAGACUGUUACUAUGUUGAGAUCAGCCAUAAUUUUCAGCAUCAAACCUCUCCAGUUUCAUAUUUUUGCUGAGGACCAAUUGCAUGAGAGUUUCAAAAACAUACUUGAUGACUUUCCCAAUGAAGGAAAAGUUAAUUACACGUUAUAUCCAAUAACAUUUCCAACUGAGAGUGCAGCAGAAUGGAAGAAACUGUUUAAACCAUGUGCUUCACAAAGGCUAUUCUUGCCAUUAAUCCUCAAAAAUGUGGAUUCACUACUGUAUGUUGAUACUGACAUCCUGUUUUUGAGACCUGUUGAUGAUAUUUGGUCUUUUCUGGGGAAGUUCAACUCCACACAAAUUGCUGCAAUGGCACCGGAACAUGAAGAGCCUCGUAUCGGGUGGUAUAAUCGCUUUGCUAGACAUCCCUAUUAUGGAGUAACUGGAAUAAAUUCUGGAGUCAUGUUAAUGAAUAUGACACGUAUCAGAAGAAAGUAUUUCAAGAAUGAUAUGACAGCAGUCCGGUUACAAUGGGGAGAAAUUCUUAUGCCACUGCUGAAGAAGUACAAGUUGAACAUAACAUGGGGUGAUCAGGAUCUACUGAACAUUAUGUUUUUUCACAAUCCAGAAAGUCUUUAUGUCUUUCCUUGCCAAUGGAAUUAUCGGCCUGACCACUGCAUCUAUGGAAGCAAUUGUAAGGAAGCUGAAGAAGAAGGUAUAUUUAUUCUUCAUGGAAACAGAGGUGUUUACCAUGAUGAUAAACAACCAACUUUUAGGGCUGUCUAUGAAGCAAUAAAAAAUUAUUCAUUUGGAGAUGAUCUGGUUCAUUCGCUGUUGCAGCCCCUAGAAGUGGAAUUACAGAAAACCAUGCAUACAUACUGUGGAAGGGUAUACAAAGUGUUCAUAAAGCAGCUAACAAAAAGCAUAAGAGACUUGUAUGCCAGAAGAUCAAAGGGAAGGUGAUGCUUACUCCAAGCUCUUAGAUCAACAGACUGAAUUAACAUACUGGUCAAAAGAUGCAAAAAUAAUAAUAUGGCUGAAAUCAGCUCUUAAUGUGCCCUGAUAAAAGUUUACUAUAAUACAUAAAAAUGAAGAAAAUUUUCAUGUAAUGAAGAACAGGAACUUUUUUCUGCAAAGGUGUCUUUUUUUACUCUUCUGAAGUUUAAUCACUGCUAAUGUUUAUCUUGGAUCUGACGAUUUGGGUGUUACUGGCUUCUCUGGUCAGUAGUUUUAGUCUGCCUAAUUCAGUUAUCUAAUGGUCGAAUGAACAAGGAAAAAGUGAAGAUGGCUCUGUUUGGGAGUGUACCUCAUGUAUUGUCUAGAAUUCUGUUAAACUGUGAAUGUAGCAAUAAUUGAGUCAGCAGCACUAACCUCACUUUAAAGGUGUGAGCCUUUAUGUAAACAAAGUUGUUUACAGUGCAAACAAUACUCUGUUUUCAAAGAAAUGUGAUAUCAUCACUGACAAUCUGUAUGUGCCUUUUUAUGUUCAUCUCUUACAUGUUGAAGUACUGUUUUGACAAUCUUGUUUCACUUGUCUUAGUUGUAAACUGCACACUAAAUAUGAUUUUCUGAGAACUGAAAAACUAGUAUGUGAUACUAGUUUUCUUUGUAGAUAUGGACACUUCUUAAUGUACAGCAUUUGUUCCAGCAUCUUUGAGCCAUUGUGGCCAAAAGAUAGAGCAGAGUCGAGGUGCUUUUUAGCAAAAAUUCAGUAUGAAGUUUUUUGUCUUAUGAUUUAUUUUUUUUACUUACAUGGUUUUGCAGCUUUAUAGGGCAUUUUGGAAGUAGGAAAAAAACUGAAACAAAACAGUGGAAAGCUGUUGCUGUUGUAUUUCCUUACUAAGAAUUAUUACCUGAUGAUUAUUUUAGAGUAUUUAGUACCUGAAAGUGAAAAGCUGUAAUAAGAGUUUAGAUGCUUCAUCAGACUGUAUAUUAGGUGGGUUUCUUAGAGACUAUAUCCUGUUACCAUAAUUUUUAAUAACAUGGCUUUAAAACAGUUUUGGGACAGACCCUCAACUACAUGAAUAUAUUACUGUCAAUAAAGUGACAGUGAUUAACAACAGGUAAGGAUUAGGCUUUCUUUAGUUAUCUUAGUGGAAAAAAGUGUUCUGUUUAUGCAAUACAAACUUUUUUUUUUUCAGAGAACAUGAAGAAAAACGCUGAGUUCUAGUGUUACAGUAAAAGAUUAUUUAAACUUGCAUGGUAUGAAAUGUAUUUGUAACGUAUAUUUGAACUUGGAUAACCUGUCUAACUGAGAUGAAGUCUUCAUAAAGUGAGUUUUUGGAUUCCAGAAAAGUUCCUGUGUGUUGAACAUGGAGGAUCCACUCACUGACUUGCACCUUCAUCCCAAUCCCAUUUUAGAAGUUUAGUUUUUGUGGCUGUUUCUUAGUCAAAGACAGGCUGGCUCUGACUCCCAGAUCCACAAGAGAUGGAUGAACACUUCAGCAGUAGAAAAACACACUCCAUUGUAAGCAGAGUUUAUGUUCUGCUCCUAAUCUCCCUGCUGGCUCAGGGUGUAAAUUUCUGGGAUAGAAACUAGAAAGCAGUCUGCGUCACAUGUAGUUACCAUCUCUUUUCCUUGUUGUAUAACCUUUUGAAGUCUGAAAAUCUAGAAAUAUGUGAGAAGAUGAAUACUGUUGUUGACUUAUUUACAAUAUGCAAUGCAUUAUUUUUUUACAUAAAUACUGAUUUUUUUGUAUCAA